AUGUUGAACUCCCAGUACCUCUCUCUCUUCCAGCAGAGCACGGGCAUCGCUGAUCCUCACUGCGAUCCCUGUGCCAUUGCUCGGAAGGCGGCACGCUUUGCCCGGAAGAUCGCGUCGGAGGAGUUUCCGGGCUCCAUUCCGGAGGUCGACGUGACCUUCCACGGGAAGGCGGACGCCCGGACUCUACCGCUGGUGCCCUCGUAUUUGAUGUAUAUCUUGAUGGAGCUGCUGAAGAACAGCGUUCGAGCAGUGGCUGAGCAGCACCAGCUGGGCUCGCCGCAAGCACCGGUGCCUCCCAUCGUGAUCCGCGUGGCCAGCGACGAGUCGCAAGUGGUGAUGGACAUCUUCGACCGCGGCGGGGGCAUCCCCUUCCCGCUCCAGCAGAAGGUCUGGAGCUACAUGUACUCCACCCGGAGGGGCACCCGCGGGGCGGUGGACAGCGAAGCAUCGGAGGCCACGCCCUUGGCGGGCUUCGGUGUGGGCUUGCCUUUGUCCCGGCUCUAUGCCGAGUACAUUGGUGGCUCCUUGCAGCUGGUGAGCAUGUGUCCCGUCCAAACGGUUCGGACUGCAUGCGUUCCUGUUCCUGGAGAGGUCUGA